CGCUCGGCCGGGAGCAGAGAGGUCAGCGCCAGCCAGAGCUGAGCACCGCGCGUCCCCACCCGUGAGACCAGACUCCUGAGCGUGUCGGGUGAGAGCCAGGCUCCCGUGGUGUCCCCUGAGCAUGGAGACGCCUCUGCAGACGGAGUUGGUGGAUCUGGUGCCCAAUGGCAAACACUCAGAAGGACUACGCCCGGUCAGCACCCCCACAGCAGGAGAUGAGAGGGUCGAGGGCCCCCGACGGAGCUGUGCGGAGGGCGAGGGCUUCCUACAGAAAAGCCCCAGCAAGGAACCACACUUCACCGACUUCGAGGGGAAGACGUCUUUCGGGAUGUCGGUGUUCAACCUCAGCAACGCCAUCAUGGGCAGCGGCAUCCUGGGGCUGGCCUACGCCAUGGCCAACACCGGCAUCAUCCUUUUCCUGUUCCUGUUGACAGCCGUAGCCUUGCUCUCCAGCUACUCCAUCCAUCUGCUGCUCAAGUCCUCCGGGAUCGUGGGAAUCCGUGCCUACGAGCAGCUGGGCUACCGUGCCUUUGGGACUCCGGGAAAGCUGGCGGCCGCCCUGGCCAUCACCUUGCAGAACAUCGGAGCCAUGUCCAGCUACCUGUACAUCAUCAAGUCUGAGCUGCCCCUUGUCAUACAGACCUUCCUGAACCUGGAGGAGCAAACUUCGGACUGGUACGUGAACGGGAACUACCUUGUGAUCCUGGUCACUGUCACUGUCAUUCUUCCCCUGGCGCUGAUGCGGCAGCUCGGCUACCUGGGCUACUCCAGCGGCUUCUCUCUCAGCUGCAUGGUGUUCUUCCUGAUCGCGGUCAUCUACAAAAAGUUCCAGGUGCCCUGCCCACUCCCCUCCCACUUUGCCAACAUCACAAGCAACUCCAGCCUCAUGCAGUUCAGCAGGGAGGAGACGGCGCUCCUGGGGAAGACCGGCACCCCAGCCGUGUGCACCCCGAGCUACUUCACUCUCAACAUACAGACGGCGUACACCAUCCCCAUCAUGGCCUUCGCCUUCGUCUGCCACCCCGAGGUGCUGCCCAUCUACACAGAGCUCAAGGAUCCCUCCAAGAGGAAGAUGCAACACAUCUCCAACCUGUCCAUCGCCGUCAUGUACAUCAUGUACUUCCUGGCCGCCCUCUUCGGCUACCUCACCUUCUACGAUGGCGUGGAGUCGGAGCUGCUGCACACCUACAGCAAGGUGGACUCGUUUGACGUGCUGAUCCUGUGUGUGCGCGUGGCCGUGCUGAUGGCGGUCACGCUCACGGUGCCCAUCGUUCUGUUUCCGGUGCGGCGCGCCAUCCAGCAGAUGUUGUUUCCAAACCGGGAGUUCAGCUGGCUGCGGCACACGCUCAUUGCCACUGGCCUGCUCUCCUGUAUCAACCUGCUGGUCAUCUUUGCCCCCAACAUCCUGGGCAUCUUCGGGGUCAUCGGCGCCACAUCCGCCCCAUGCCUCAUCUUCAUCUUCCCUGCCAUCUUCUACUUCCGCAUCAUGCCCACCGAGAAGGAGCCUGCAAGAUCCACACCCAAAAUCCUGGCCCUUUGCUUCGCUGCACUUGGCUUCUUGAUGAUGACCAUGAGCUUGAGCUUCAUCAUCAUUGACUGGGUCUCGGGGACCAAGCGGCACGGAGGAAACCACUAGGACAGCCCGUCCUGUUCUGUCCACUCAUCCUGGCGCCCCUGCCCAGACUCUUCAGCCCUGGGUGGCACCCAGCGGCCGGUCAGGGGAGGAGAGAGACAUGGCUAACACUAGGGCAUGUGGCCCUGCCCCAGGGCCUCUCUGUGGAAGGUUUUUUGUUCUUUUGUUUUGUUUUGUUUUUUAACAGAGCCAGGACCAAGGCCCUUGGGCCACUUCCCUGCUGGGCCCCUGGUCUGCAGGGCCUUCCUGAGCUGGGAGCAGGGUGGGGCGCACCCCCCGCACCGUUGCCUCAGAUCUCACCCAAGCCCCUUUCCCUCCUCACACAGAGGCAUACACUGAGCUCUCCCCGCGGCGGGGGACAUGUAGAGCUGGAACCCCAGGCUGGCAGCCACCCUCCACCCCGCUGUUGGGCCACGGUGGGCCCUGAGGUCCCGCCCCCCUCGACCCCCUCACCUUCCCUCCUGCUGUUCCCUAGGCCCCUUGCAGGCCCGUGGGCUCAGGUGCUUGGAUGCUGUUUCCCGGUUCUCCCAUCCCCACCACUGGGAGAAGACCCCCUAUCCCUCCGCCUGGAGCUAGCAAGUUCUUUUGAGGGUGAAGCUGGUGGGGUACCCUCAAGGGGGCCCCUGCCACAUCCCUUCACCAGUCCCGGGGAGGCUGGGACUCCCCGUGCCCCAAACCUGGACCCUGGCUCACAGUCCCCUGCCAGGAGAAGACAGAGGCCCGGGCCCAGAGCAUCUCUGCCCCUGGCAGCCGGGGGCCCAGGGGCCAGCCUGGGACAGGGCGAAGAGGCUAGCCGACAGCCCCCUUUUAUAAAUAUACUUUAGACUGA